UCAAAGCAAAGCCAAAAUGUUGACUUCUAAAAAGAACGCUACAUUUAUAAUCAUCCUUUUCAUCCUCAAGACUUUUGUCCAGGAGACAGAAUCAGCGAGCUGCUGUCUGUCUUACACAAAGAGAACAGUGCGCUGUCAAAGGUUGAAGGGAUACACUAUCCAGAACAUUAACAGCACAUGUGAUAUUAAAGCUAUUAUCUUUCAUACCGUGAAUGGCAAGUACAUCUGUGCAGACCCCAGUAAGAUGUGGACUCAGCACAGAAUUGAUUGUCUAAAGAAAAAGGCAGUUAACAUAGGAGGCAACGCUGAAUCCCCAAAGUAAAACCCACUUCCUUCCGCUUGUGUGAAGAUAUUUUGGAAACAGAACUUUUGCAGCUGAGCCAAACAUAUGUUAUGAUAUGUUAUAACAUACGUGUACUCAUGUUUCUGUACUAAUUUACUGUCCAGUUUAUUUCAGAGAUGCUUUUAAAAAAAAUAUCUGAGGAAUUCUUAGAAUUCUUUUCUUUUGUUGGAUCCUAGUGAGCUCUGUAUUAUUACUGUUCUGUUUUAUGAACAGUGUUCCUAACACUUUAAGGGAUAAUAUCAAACAAAGUUGGAAAAAGUAUAAAAGUAUAGGCAGAAUAUUUUUGUAUUUUUGCUUUCUAAUUUAUAUUACACAGAAUUAUAUGUAUUUAUGGAUCUUUUUACGUAUAUGUGUGUAUUCCUGUAAUUUUAGACAUGUGUAGACAAAGUCUUACAUGUAUGUACGGAAUGCUCACCGGUUCUCAAGAGAGUGAAAAAAAAAAAAAAAACAGGA